AUGAAGAGGAAUGUGAAUGUCAGCUGCUGCUAAAAGACAUGCUUGAGCGGCUUAACAAGGAAGCUGAUGAAGCCUUACUGUGUAAUCUGCACCUUCAGAUUGAAGUCCAGUUUCUGCAGGACGAUAUCAGUGCAGCAAAGGACAGGUACAGAAAGAAUCUUCAGGAAAUUGAGACCUACGUCAGCCUCCUGCAGCAGAUCAUCCAAACCACCCCUCAAGCAGCCGCCAUUACAGGUGGGAUGAGGGAGGAGAAGCUCCUGACAGAACGUGAGGUGGCCGCCCUUCAGGGUCAGCUGGAGGAGGGCCGGGAGGUCCUGUCUCUCCUGCAGGCACAGAGAGCCGAGCUGCAGGCCCAGACAGCGACGCUGGAACAGGCCAUUAGAGAUGCCCAUGAGUGUCACGAUGACGAGAUUCAGCUCUAUAACGAGCAGAUAGAAACCCUGCGGAAGGAGAUAGAGGAGACCGACAGGAGCCUGGAGAAGUCUUCCUGUGACUGCCGGCAGCUGGUGGCCGCCCAGCAAGCCCUGAAGACCGAGCUGGACCGGUAUCAUCGGAUCAUUGAGGACGAAGGCCACAGGCUGAGCUCUGCCUUCAUCGAAAUGCCCGUCACUCUGUUCAUCGCGGGCCAUGGAGUCUCUCUCGGCCCUCAACCCAGCGGGAAAGAUUUCGCCAGGGCUGUGCAGGAUAUAACAACAGCAAAACCCAGACAAAAAGGCCUCCCUAAGAACGUUCCAAGGAAAAAGGAGAUUAUAGCGAAAGACAAAGCAGGUGCAAGCUUGGAAGACACGCCACUGAAAGGCCCGGAAGACACCAAGCCCGUGCGGGUGGUGGUUACAGAAGGGGAGCCUACGCCUGAGUCAGGGGGUGAGGAGGGGAGUCCCCCCACCCCAGAAGGGGCUCCGGAGGACGUGCCAGAUGGGGGGCAGCUAAGCAAAGCCUUAGGGAAACUCUGCAAGAUGGUCAAGGAGAGAGUGAGGAGCCCCGGGGAGCCCGAGCCCCCAGCUGACCUCUACCCCAAGGGGCGACACGUGCUGGUCUCCGGGGAUGCCAGACCCGUGGACCCUGGGUUGCGCGCAUUGCCUGCCCCGACCAGGGGCACAGUGGUGGUUUCCACAGAGGCCGACUCCCCGCAUGGUGACAGUGCCGUGGAGCCCUCUCCUGAGCAGCCCCGGACCCCUCUGGGGAAUGGACAGGGGGGUCCACAGGGGAGAGCAGGUGGACAGCCACCCGGCCAGCAUGCUGCAGACACGGAGAAUGAAGUCAACACUGAAGAACUGGAAGGUCCCGGGGAGAAGUAUGCCGGCCAGAAGGGGGACGACGGGCCCAGGAGGCCCUGUCUCCUGGUCACACCUGGUCCAGAGGGACCGCCCCCAUCCCCACCCCCACCCCAAAGGCCUGGGGCCAGGGAGGGUAGAUCUGAGGGGCAGGGAGCUAGCAGCAGCAGCCCCAAAGAGAGAAGCCCUCCCAGGACUUUGGCAUAUGAGAAGGUGGAAGUGAUGGAAUCCAUUGAGAAGUUUACAGCUGGGAGCGUUCAGACGUAUGAAGAAACCGCUGUCAUUGUGGAGACUGUGAUUGGAACGACAAAGGCAAACAGGAAACUGGGAGCCGAGGGCUCUCACUGUGCCUAGGCUCCGGGACAAAGGCCUCUGGGCACUGCAGGGAGGUCCUUUGAUGCUGUAGAACAAAUGAUCAAGAGUGAAGGUUCCUAUUUGGAUUAGCUCAUAGUUGGCCUGCCUGGCAUUGCCCAAGAGGCCUCAUUAAAAAGGUUUGUUUUGCUUGCA